CUACAGUUUGAGUUUCGGCCCCGAGAUGAACACGUUCGCCCUGGCGCUGACUUUGCUGCUGGCCAAAAUCUCUUGGAGCUUCUACCUAGGGAACUGGCGAGCAGAUCCCGAACUCCUGCCGAGUCGUUUCCAGGGCGACAUCUUGAGGAGACCCGGAAAAACGAACUGGUGGAGAAAUGUGAUAACAAACGAAAGCUAUCACUGGCCAAACCGCACUGUCCUGUACUUUAUCGAAGAGGGAACAUUUGACAAACCCCACCUGCAGUAUGUGGAGCGGGCAAUGCGCAUCAUAGAGAACGGAUCCUGCGUGAAAUUCAAGAAAGCCUCCAGGGAUGACAAAUAUUUUGUCAAUAUAACAUCGCACGAUACCGGCUGCUAUUGCGAGAUAAUCGGCUGGAGAAACGAUCGCAUAAAGGUGAAUCUGCAGCUGGAUUCUUUGGACUCGGGCUGCUUUCGCAUGGGCUCCCUCAAGCACGAGCUCCUGCAUGUGCUGGGCUUCGAGCACCAGCACGUGGCCCAGGACCGCGACGAAUACGUGCAGAUCAUGUGGGAAAACAUACAUCCGGACCAUGAAAUCAACUUCUGGAACAACGAGACCGAGAUCGGCUGGAACAACUACGGCGAGACCUACGACUACGGCAGCGUGAUGCACUACAUGGAAAAUGCCUUUGCCAAGGACGCAUCGAAGCCGACGAUUGUGGCCCUCAAGAAGGGGGCCUCCAAAAUGGGUCAGCGCCGGGGAAUGAGCAAAACAGAUCUUCGCAAACUGAACAAAAUGUACCAGUGUCCGGGCUACGAAACCACGGAGCCUACUGAAGAACCUGACGCGGAAAAUAUAACUUCAAGUGCUCAAUAUACCUCUGAAGACUAAUCGCCCCUACAGUCCAUUUUAUUCAGCAGUUUGUUAUUA